AUGAAGAGCAGCAGAAAUACUGAUUUUCUCAUUUCGCAAUGGAAGACCAUCCGUGACAAAUAUGUGAGAGAGAAAAAGAAGGUUGAAUCAGAGGUGAGCUUUAUUGAAACAGGCGAGCGAGAUAAUUUAUUUCAGGGCGUCAAGUCGCUUUGGGAACUUUAUGAUGACAUGGUCUGGUUAGACAAAUUCCUUUUGGAAAAGGAAAGAAAUACGAAAAACAACUUGGUAAAUCAAAUCGACUCGGAUGAAGCUGAAGAGUCCAACCUGCAAGCAGAAUACGGAACUAAGAACAUGGCUAAUCAAAAUGAGAUUGUGAUUGCCGUCAACCAGAAUGAGAAGAUUGCGCAUCUGCACGCAAAUGGGUAUCCGCAGCUCGAACAUGACCUUAAUUGGUUUGGAACAAUGGUUUGUGCAAACAAUAUUCAUCAAACUAACAUGGUAAGUAUCGAAAAUCAAGGUCUGACUAAGGGGGGGGGGGGCACAAAAUUUUCCGAAACCCAAUUUAACACACCCCCUGGUCUGGACAAUCAACGAUGCAAACCAGUCUCACAAAUGAAUUGGCAGGUCAAUCAUGGACACUUUCAUUGGGAGACAAUUCCAAGUUAUUCGCCUGGCAUCGAGAGUGGAAACAUCAAUCAUCCGCAGCCAAAUGACUAUCGAACUCUUCUGAAUAAGCAGGUUGAACAGGCAGGCAUUCCUUGGGAGACGAUGUUUGAUGGAAACCAUACUCACGGAGUCGAGACUGGGAAUGGGGAACAUCGGCAGUCAAAUGAGCAUCAAUACAAUCUGGUGCCACCGUUGGAUGAAUGGUCAUUUACGGAUGACGGCUUUCAGCUCACUGCGGAAAGCGGAAACGUGGAGAAUUCUGAAAAAGAGUGAGUGAACCUAUUUGAAACAGGAAAACAUUUUAAAUUUCUUUCUGAAUAAUUUGAUCAAAAAUGAAAAAGAAAUCAAAGUCAUCAAUGUUGAGUGUACGAAGAGCCUUUUUUAUGGAAAGUCUAUACAUUGGCGGUUCACAAAAAAGGUUUUUCUUACACUUAACAUUGCUGGUUAAGCAAGAUUAUUGUGAAUCAAGAAAUUAUGCUUCAACCAAUUUGUUUUCCAGAGAAGAGGAGUCAACAAAGAAGGCAGAGCAAACGGACGGCAAUGAAAUGGUGUACGACUAUGAGAGAGGCGAGUACAUCAUUCCACGUAUUCAAAAACUUAUUGACGAGUGGAACGCGACGGGCUACAGUGCGUUGCAAAAUUAUACGGCCACCCCCGAUUUCGACUGGCACGUGGCGCUCGAGAAUAUCUUCGACUCCGACUCGACGACUUCAAAAUCCAAAUUAAACAAGUGA